CCGUGGUGUCCGAACCAGACGUUUGGCGGGAUGAGUGACCCUUAGAUGGGCAAAAAAUUAUUGCGAUGCCGCCGCAUUGUCUUGGUAAAGGGCAUCGACGAGAACUGACUCACUCACGAGAUCACUCCGUCUUUCAUAAUCUUCUCUCACUUCAGUUCGAUUGACCGUCACCAUCUCUCUACAAUCACACUACACUUUCGCCUUCGUAGAGAUAUCAUCUCUGUACAUUGCUCUCUUUCUACACCUUUGAUACCCCUCUUCUGCAUUCACAAUGGCAACUGAACUUCCCACCACAAAUGGCCACACUGCCCAGGAUGGCGAGAACAACUUCGCCGUCAAGGCAGGUCUCGCCCGCAUGCUGAAGGGCGGCGUCAUCAUGGACGUCGUCAACGCUGAGCAGGCACGCAUUGCAGAGGAGGCCGGUGCCACAGCAGUCAUGGCGCUCGAGCGUGUGCCCGCCGACAUCAGAGCGCAGGGCGGCGUGGCGCGCAUGAGCGACCCGCAGAUGAUCAGGGAGAUCAUGGACACAGUCACUAUCCCCGUGAUGGCCAAGGCAAGAAUCGGCCACUUUGUCGAGUGCCAGAUUCUUGAAGCCCUCGGCGUAGAUUACAUUGACGAAUCCGAAGUCCUGACGCCCGCCGACGCCAUCCACCACGUGGCCAAGCACCCCUUCAAGACCCCCUUCGUAUGCGGGUGCCGUAACCUCGGUGAAGCCCUUCGCCGUGUCGCUGAAGGCGCAGCUAUGAUCCGGACUAAGGGCGAAGCAGGGACGGGCGACGUGAUCGAGGCGGUCCGGCACAUGCGCACGGUAACGGCCGAGAUCAAAAAGGCGCAGGGUAUGGACGAGAUGGAGCUGCGCGUGUACGCCAAGGAGCUGCAGGUCGAUUACGAGCUGCUCAAGGAGACUGCGAAGCUGGGGCGGUUGCCGGUGGUUAAUUUUGCGGCGGGAGGUGUUGCUACGCCCGCGGAUGCUGCGCUUAUGAUGCAGCUCGGCUGUGAUGGUGUGUUUGUUGGGUCUGGCAUCUUCAAGAGCGGCGAUGCGGCGAAGCGCGCGAAGGCUAUUGUGCAGGCGGUCACUCACUACAAGGACCCCAAGGUGUUGAUGGAGGUCAGCAUGGACCUGGGUGAGGCCAUGGUGGGUAUCAACUGCGGCACUAUGGGCGAGGAUGAGAAGCUUGCUAAGCGUGGAUGGUAACGGUUUUGAUCAGGCGGAGAGACGAGACACGACAGAUAUGGUGGAUACGAUCAUCGUCAUUUACAGGCGUUAGGGACCUGUAAGAAAAGCCGGCUUCAACACUGAGCAUCAGUACUCUUCUCUCAAUGCAAUAUGAGUUGCGUAGACAACGAAUUGGCCA